CCGGGCACCGGCAGCGCCUCUCGUCUGUGCGCACUUUAGCACAUUCUGUAUUGGAGAGCGGAUCAAUACAGCGUCUGUUCUUGCGAAUACGAGUCAGUAGAUGAUCGUCGGUGGAUACGGGCUGCUGAGACCGCGAUCCGUUCCUGUUCACGUGUGCUGUGGAGGCAAUACACAGGGGGUGGCCAUGACUCAGUGACUCGAGUUUGGGGGUGUAGGGAGGCCUGGGGCCCGGCGUCGAUGGCAUAGUACAUAACUAGAGAUUCCAACGGGAGAAGGCAUGUUCGCGAUGCACAAACACACCCUCUUCCUGAUCAUCCUGCACGUUGUCCACGUGGUCGUGUGCACGAACGUGAAGAUCAACUUUCGCGAGAAGGAAAAGGAGGUCUUGGAUCAGAUCCUCGGUCCAGGAAGAUACGAUGCCCGCAUCCGGCCCUCCGGAUUGAAUGGGACAGGAACUGAACCGACCGAAGUAAAGAUCAACUUCUUUCUACGCUCUAUCAGCAAAAUAGACGAUUACAAAAUGGAAUAUAGCGUACAACUAACAUUUCGUGAACAAUGGUUGGAUGAGAGGUUGAAGUUCAACGACUUCGGGGGCAGGAUAAAGUAUCUUACGUUAACAGAGGCGAACCGAGUAUGGAUGCCCGAUCUCUUCUUCUCCAACGAGAAAGAGGGCCACUUUCACAACAUCAUUAUGCCAAACGUUUACAUUCGUAUUUUCCCGUACGGCUCAGUACUCUACAGCAUAAGAAUAUCACUUACUUUAUCAUGUCCCAUGAACCUGAAACUGUACCCGCUUGACAGGCAGGUGUGUUCGCUGCGAAUGGCCAGCUAUGGCUGGACCACGGAUGAUCUGGUGUUCCUCUGGAAAGAAGGAGAUCCCGUUCAGGUAGUCAAAAAUUUACACCUACCACGCUUCACGCUGGAAAAGUUCCUCACUGACUACUGCAACAGCAAGACCAACACAGGAGAGUACAGUUGUCUAAAAGUUGACUUACUUUUUAAACGGGAGUUUAGUUACUAUCUCAUACAGAUUUACAUUCCAUGUUGUAUGCUUGUCAUAGUGUCGUGGGUGUCUUUUUGGCUCGAUCAAGGAGCCGUACCCGCUCGAGUGUCUUUAGGUGUAACCACAUUACUCACAAUGGCCACACAGACAUCCGGAAUCAACGCCUCCCUGCCACCCGUAUCAUACACGAAAGCGAUCGACGUGUGGACGGGGGUUUGUCUAACUUUCGUGUUCGGAGCAUUACUGGAGUUUGCUCUUGUAAAUUACGCCUCGCGUUCUGACAUGCAUCGCGAGAACAUGAAAAAACAGAGGCAGAGGCAAUGUGAGCUCGAACAUGCCGCCUCCAUGGAUGCCACCUCCGACCUUAUGGACACUGACAGCAAUGCCACUUUCGCGAUGAAACCUCUGGUGCGGCACCCCGGGGAACCCAUGAGCCUAGAUAAGGUUCGUCAAUGCGAGAUCCACAUGCAACCGGAUCGCCCCAAUUGUUGCCGCUCGUGGCUAUCAAAGUUCCCCACCAGGUCCAAGCGUAUCGACGUCAUCUCCAGAAUCACUUUUCCCUUAGUUUUCGCUCUCUUCAACGUUAUUUAUUGGUCGACCUAUCUCUUCCGCGAAGACGGCGAAGAAUCUUAAAGUGUAUUUCUAUAAUGAUAUAAAUCUAAUGUACAACAACACCAAUCACCACCACCACCACAUCAUCUUCAAAGACAACAAAAACAUCAACAACAGCAUCGACAAAACCAACACAAAUACAAAGUGGAACAAAAAGAAGAUUCUUAAGUUUUGUUAUAUUCGCACGGGGUAAUUUUGUCUACGAAUUCGACAAGUAUUUUGAGAGCAUAAUAGCGGCACCACGUUUUGAGUUGUGAAAACGCACCGUCCUGCCGAAUUGCAGAGAAAACUACCCUCAGAGUGAUUAGUAUUCAAAUAAUAUUUAAAAAAAAAACUGAUAAAAGCAAUAUAUAAUUAAUAUACAUUUCAUAGAAAAAAAUCAAUACUUAGAGGGACAGCUCACGAGAGAAAGAAUUUGAGAGAAGAUUAUCUAUCUAUCUUAUCUUGUUAGAUAUUAGAAAACGCUUAUAUUAAAAAGAAAAUUAAAAUUUAUCAAAUGAAAAUGGAUGAAAAUUAAAGAAAAAAGAUAAUACGAUUGGAUUAGAAUUAAUGAAUGAGAACGAUCGAAAUGCUGGAAAUACUCACGAUACUAUAGAAGAAUGCUAGUUGUCUCAUCGAAGUUGUUCAUAGCCAUAUCAUCAUGUAUAAUCGAACAUACGCGCAAACGGAUAUCCUCGUCAAAUAAAUCAAGUUCCUAGAUACAGUCAGAAGAAAUGCAGUGGAAAAUAGUAAACUCGGUUAAUUUUGAAAAGCGGACAAGAGCACAGAAAAGCAGAUAUUCGUUUGUUGCGUAUGUUGUUUUGUUUCAAUAAAUGGAAUAGUUGACACCAAUAACAAAAGCAAACCUGAAUCACAGGAAUGUACCGAAUAAACCGUAUCCUCGGCCACAAGGACUGAACAUUACAAAAUCGACUACGUUUACAUUUCUGUGUGAAAACCAUAAAUUCUGCCUUAUUACAUUCGGAGAAGCGAUCACAAAAUUUUUGUAUUUAUACAAGAAAUAUCAUCGUGUUAGCCGUUUCGAUUGAUAUAACGUAUUUAUAUAUAUAUAUAUAAAUAUAUAACUUCGAAGAAACCAACGUCUUAUGUAACACAGCUAAACGUGCCUCCUCCGAAGGUUUAAGUUCAAUUUAUUAUUCGCCCACUUCCCGCCACCUCGAAAUAUACACUAUUUGUAUGAAUUUUAUUACGGCAAUCGUUGUUAAUCGUAUUUGAUUUGUUUCCCAUUUAGAGAAGAGGUGUUUUUUUUGCGUUCUUUUUAUAGAGGAAUGAAGAAUUUUUAUAUUAGAAUUAUAUAAAUUACCGAAUGAAGCAAACAAAAAAUAAACUGAUAUAUAAUAUAUAUGAAGUAAGUUUGUGACUCUGAAAAAGUAAAAUUGGUACGCGUAUAAAUGCAUAUGCUCGUAUCGAAAUACGUGCAUGUGUAUCAGUACGUGUAUCCCUUAGGAUAGGAUAAUAAAUGUGUUUUAAAUAAAA